AUGAUGUCGUACAUCAAGCAGCCUCAUUACGCAGUGAACGGGUUAACAUUGCCUGCACCUGGAAUGGACCUGCUGCACACAGCCGUUGGAUACCCAGCCACUCCUCGGAAGCAGCGACGUGAGCGCACCACCUUCACCCGCACUCAGCUGGAUAUUCUGGAGGCACUGUUCACCAAAACACGCUACCCAGACAUCUUCAUGAGGGAAGAGGUGGCUCUGAAAAUCAACUUGCCCGAGUCAAGAGUGCAGGUGUGGUUUAAGAACCGCAGGGCAAAAUGUCGCCAGCAGCAGCAGCAGACAAGUGGUCAGCCAAAGCCCCGUCCUCCUAAAAAGAAAUCCUCUCCGCCCCCAGAGAUGGCUCCUGACGCGGGCUCCAGUGCCCCAAGCGUGGUACCCCCUCCAGCCCCCACCGUCCCACCCAGUGCCAGUGCAGGCACCGCCCCAGUCUCUGUGUGGAGCCCUACCUCUCUGUCUCCACUUCCAGACCCUCUCUGUGGCUCCAGCACACCCUGCAUGCAACGUCCAGCUCCUUAUCCCAUGAGUUAUGGCCAAACUUCUGCUUACGCCCAGAGCUACGCCUCCUCUCCAUACUUCAGUGGGCUCGACUGUAGCCCCUAUCUCUCUCCCAUGACCUCCCAGCUGUCAGCCAGCGGGGGAGCCCUGAGUCCCCUCACUGUGCCCUCCAUGGGCGGGUCCCUAAGCCAGUCGCCCUCUCUCUCGUCCCAGGGCUAUGGGUCAUCUUCCCUGGGCUUCAGUUCUGUCGACUGCCUGGAUUACAAAGACCAGCAAGCUUGGAAACUCAACUUCAGCACAGUUGACUGCCUGGAUCACAAGUUCCAGGUACUGUAG